AUGGAUUGGGGAUUCGGAAUGGGGAAGGUGAGGGGAGUCCAUGGUGUAAGUUUGGAAGGGAUUGGCCACCGUCCGCCGCCGUGGGCGAUUUCCGGCGGGCGGAGGACGAUGUCGAGAAUGCGCGCUUCCUCAUCCGCUGACCAGCAGCCCGAGCCCCUAGCUACAGCUCCCACGAGGGUAGAAGGCGAGGCCAAGGCCGUGCUAGAGGCCGAGUGUUGCAUGUCUGCAAUUUUCUCAGAUAUGACUAAAAAGUUUCUUGAAAUAUUUAUGGAUGAUUUCACAUUUUUUGAGGGAAUUGUUUUAGGACAUAAACUCAUUGCUAAAGGAAUAGAAGUUGAUAAGACUAAAAUUAUUCUUAUAGCAGGAUUGCCCCCUCCCACCGCUGUUAAAGAUGACUGCAAAAAAGUAUUUGAGUUUCUCAAAGAACAAUUGACUAAUGCUCCAAUUGUUAUCUCUCCUGAUUGGAGCCAGCCAUUUGAAAUAAUGUGUGAUGCAAGUGAUAUAGCAGUAGGAGCAAUAUUGGGACAAAAGAAAAAUAAGAUCUUUAGACCCAUAUACUAUGCCAACAGAACCCUCAAUGAAGCUCAAAUGAAUUAUGCAACAACCGAGAAAGAGUUAUUGGCAGUAGUGUUUGCAUUUGACAAAUUUCGUUCUUAUUUGAUAGGAACACAGGUUACAGUGUUCACCGAUCAUGCAGCCUUAAAGUAUCUAUUAGCAAAGAAAGACGCUAGACCUAGAUUGCUACGAUGGAUACUCCUUUUGCAAGAAUUUGAUCUCGAAAUAAAAGAUAAAAAAGGUUCAGAAAAUCAGGUAGCUGAUCAUUUGUCGCGUUUAGAGAAUCCUCCUACUGAAAUACUAGAUAUCCAAGAGGAAUUUCCUGAUGAGCAUAUCUUUUCAGUCGCGACAGUUGUAAAUAAACCUCCUUGGUUUGCUGAUAUUGCCAAUUAUUUAGCGGGAGGGUGGAUUCCAAAAUAUUUUUCUUACGAUCAAAGAAAAAAGCUUAAAAAAGAGGCAAGACAUUAUUACUGGGAAGAUCCUUAUUUGUUUAAAUUUUGUGCAAAUGACAUAAUCAGGAGAUAUGUACCUGAAAUAGAAAUGAACAAUAUUUUAAGUCAUUGCCAUGAUGGAGCUGUAGGAGAUGCAAGAAAUUAUGUUGCCACUUGCGUCAAAUGCCAGAGAAGCGGUAACAUUUCAAAAAGGGAUGAGAUGCCUCUUAACUCUAUCCUUGUUUGUGAAACAUUUGAUGUUUGGGGCAUUGAUUUUAUGGGUCCUUUUCCUCCUUCAAACGGCUGUGAAUAUAUUUUGGUAGCUGUUGACUAUGUUUCAAAAUGGGUAGAAGCAAUUGCUAUUAGAAAAAAUGAUGCACAUAUUGUUUGUGCUUUUCUCAAGAAAAAUAUUUUUUCUAGAUUUGGAACUCCACGAGUUAUAAUAAGUGAUCAAGGAACUCAUUUUAUAAAUAGACAAUUCGCUAGUUUGUUGUCAAGAUAUGGAGUAACUCAUAAAACAGGAACUCCAUAUCAUGCUAAAACAAGCGGGCAAGUUGAAGUAUCCAACAGAGAUUUAAAAAGAAUUUUAGAAAAAACUGUUGGUUCUUCUCGAAAAGAUUGGUCUUUAAAGUUAGAUGAUAGACUAGUUUUCGGAAAAGCUUGUCAUUUACUUGUGGAAUUAGAACAUAAAGCAUAUUGGGCUAUAAAAUUGUUGAAUCUAAACUUGCCAGAUGCAGGUAAAAAUCAUCUAUUGCAGCUUGAUGAGUUGGAAGAAUUCAGACUUACAUCAUACGACAAUGCUAAAUUGUAUAAGGAAAAGACAAAAUAUGGCAUGACAAGCUCAUCCGCCAUAAAGAUUUUAAAGUUGGAGAUCAAGUUCUGUUGUACAAUAGCCGAUUGA